GAUUCAUUCAUGCGUCAGAUAUUUUCGACGUAGAACGUGUAAAGAAAACCACCUUAAAAAACAUGGUGGCAGCUCAGUGAAGAGGGUGAACCUUUUUACUAGUCAUUAAAAUACCGGAGGCUUAUUUAGCAGGAGUGUUUGAUACAAAUUGUAAACACCGACCCAAUAAGCUUCACACACUCAAGGAUGACGUCGGAAGAGACACAAAUAUCCGAGGAACUGAAGGGUUGUUACGAGAAUCUUAUUGUAAUCGACAUAGGCGCGAACCUGACGAACAAGAAGUACGGCCGAGAUCUUGAUUCCGUCGUGCAAAGGGCGAAAGAUGCAGGCGUUCAAAAGAUCAUGGUGACUGGUACAUCGGUGAGGAACAGCAAGGAAGCCCUCAGACUGACACGCCUCUAUCCCAGCACUAUAUACUCAACGGCGGGAGUGCACCCGCACGACGCGAAGUCCAUGGUGGAGGAGGACAUGUGGUCGGAGCUGCAGCAGACGGCGGCGGCGCCGGAGUGCGUGGCGGUGGGCGAGUGCGGCCUCAACUACACCAAGGAGUUCUCCGAGCCGCACGUGCAGAGGGACGUGUUCAAACGACAGGUGGAAAUGGCGUGCGAACUACGGAAGCCGCUAUUCGUGCACGAAAAAGAAGCGCAGGAUGACCUCAUAAAGAUCUUAGACGAAUUCGGGAACCGACUCCCGCCAGUCGUGAUCCACUCCUUCACCGGAUCGGUGGAUCAGGGCAUCAGAUACAUUGAAAAGGGAUUCUAUCUCGGCAUCACGGGGUACAUAUGCAAGGAUAAGUCCGACGGAGGCAUCCGGAGGCUGUUGUCAGAGAGGAUCUUGCCGUUGGACAAGCUGCUGGUGGAGACGGACUCCCCGUUCAUGUAUCCCAAUAUGAGGGCUUCGAAGCUGCCGCUGCACGUUAAGGACUCUUUGACUGAGAGAUCGAUGAACUUCGUGAAUAGAUACUGCACGUUCCAGCGGAACGAGCCGUGCGCUCUGCCGGCCAUCGUGGAGCUGGUGGCGGGGUUCCUGGGCCGCAGCCCCGAGGACGUGGCGCUCGCCACCGCCUUCAACGCGCUCAAGAUCUUCGGACUCAGCCAGUGAGGGCCUUGAUCGCUGAACAUGUUCCGACUUAGUCGGUGAGUUGCCUCUACGUUUCCAAUAGAUACCGAAUUACAGGAACACGCUGUUUGGAUUUUUUUUCUGAGAUAAUAGAGAUGCGUACAAGGGAAUUGAUGGGGCAGUGCUCGGCAUAAAAUAUUACACGUCGAUUUUAUAAGUUACUGCAUCGAUUUUUUAUUUCUUCUAGUAAGAGGAGUUGAUUGUCGUCUAAUGUGACAUAUGUCUUUAAUUCUGUAUCUAUUGGAGUUUGUCUAAGGUUGAUACGAUAAUAGAUAUUUGAUAUGAGAGCAUCUCCCUGGCUAUGUCAAAACGGGGUCGACGUAUGCCAAAAUUGAUCGAAACAGGCCGGGCUUGCAAUAGAUUAUAUAUUGUUGUUAAAGUGUCUAUUAUGUCUGAGGUUACAAUUUGAAAAAUAUGAAUUUGUUAAGAUUAUUAAAAUAUUCAUUUAUAAUGUUGAUUGGUAAACAAUUUUGGCAUACGUGAUUCAAGAACAUUUUAUUAAUAAAAGAAAAAUUACAAAUUUGACUUUUGUUAUUAAAAUUUGAUUAAUUUAUUAGGAAUUGAGUGUUGGCCUUAAAUGUAUAAGGUUUGUGCCUUAAGUAUUUACGAUAAGAUAUAUUUUCGUAUGGCGAUGUUUAUAAACGAAAUGUAUGUUUUAGUCAAAAUUCGAAAUGCAGCUACCUUCAUAUUUCUGGUCGGAAUGGAAUAUUUUUUUCUUAGUUUGUCCGUUACCAGCAGAUAGGUAAUAGGUAAUUACUUUCCUCUUUGACCAGUCAAAUCGCGGAAAAUGUAUUAAGUAAUGUAAGAUGCAAUCAGAUAUAUUUUUGUAAAUAAUAUUUACAAAUUGUUGACUGGUCACGGAUCAAACUGAUUAUAACCGCUGGGUGGUGGUCAAACGUGAGACCAGACGAACCAAGUUCGAUUUUUGGCUAUAACUUACAUAUAAAUGCAUAAUAUUCUUCUGACGUUGUCCAAAUGUUUUAUGAAUAAAAUGUAACGUAGCUCGAAAGUUUUGGAAUACUCAAAAUGUUUCUAUUUUUUUAUCGACGGUAAAACGACCAUUAUUGGUAUUGACGCGACUCUACGUGAGGCUAUAGGCGUGUGCACUUGACAUUAUAAAAUGUACCAAAACUCCAUGGUCAUAAGUCUUAAUAUCCAUCAAAUCGCGAUUUGAGUAAUUGACAAUUUUGGUAAGCCGGUAAAAAUGCCAUGUCAGAGUUUAACUUGCCAGUAUGUCAAGAUUAGGUGAUGAAAGAUGGGACAAAUGGUGGUAAAAUGCCUUAAAAUUGAAGGGAUUGAAGCCGUAAGUCCUACGAUACCAGUGUAUGUUAGACAUCUUGCUGUAACUCGGGGACAUUUGUUUUGUUUCUUAAAGUUGCAUUUGGUCUUAAACUUAAUGCCAAAUGGAGAAUUAAGUACAAUGUCGAGUGCACGUUGCUUUAUUCGUAUUAAUAACACAUUCGAUUAAAUCUUGCCAUUAUAUAAGAUUAACAUUAGUGUAUAGCCUCUCUGAAACAAUUGACUAUUAUGGACUGAGAUAUCAUGGGUGACGGCUUCAAAAGUCCACGCCCAAUGAUUUUACAAAAUCGAAAAAAAUAUAUACAAGUAUUUUUACGUUACUAUAGCGUACCUGAACGCUGCGAGUCCAAAUAUGCCAUUAUAUUUUAUAUUGUGUAAUGUAAAAAUCACUUGUUUUGAUGCAUAAUACAAAGAGGACCGAUUUAUUUUGUGUAUGCUUUUUGUUUUUAUAAGUAUUUCGAGUCGCGGCUACAUUUGGUGUUUGAAGCCGUUAUCCGAUUACCGACGGCUUUGAUCGGCUAAUGUGGCAGCGGCUUUGUCGCUUUUUAUGUUUAUUCGUGUAGAUGUCGCACGCGUCUUUAAUAGGGUGGCAAUGGUGAAGUCAGUUUGAUCUCAAACACUGUGCGUGAUUAUCCGUAUCAUGUGAUAUUUGCCGCAUAAGACUUGACUUUUGCACUUAUGCACAUUUGAAUUAGUUAGAGAGAGAUGAAUAUAUUUGUCUAAUUCGUUUUAUUGAUUGAGUAAAUGUUAUUUAUUGCAAACACGUUUGAGAAGCGACAGCGCGAUGUUUUGUGCGUGUUUGCGUGAUUCCACCAUGCCACAUACAGUUGCCACCAUAUUGUUUCUAUGCACGGUGUUAGGUAUUAGUUAAUGUGCUCGGCUGAGCGUUUCCUAAUCGAAUUAUUUAUACAUAAUAAUCGAAUAUUGAUUGUAAAUAAGUGUAAUGUUAGUGUAACAAUAGUGUAAACACUUUAAUGCUGGUAGUCACAACGAAAUCAAAGACUGCAAAUAUCAAAAUGGGAAUAACAUUUGACGUGUUAAUAAUGAUUAUAUAAAUGAGUUUGUUUGUUUUUUUUGUAGCGAUAUUUUUUACGUAUUUAAUCGUUUAUCGUAAGUGUAUUUGUUAUUGAUUCCUUUAUUUUUUGACAAUCACUUUGUUGUAGCGAGUAAGUGUGGUGGGUUUGCGCUCGUUGGGAAUCAUUUUGUAAGAAAUAUUUAUAUCGAUAUUUCCGGCGAGCAGCGAUCCGUCUCUAUGCAAUGUAGUGCCUUCGGCGAAACGUCCUUUUGUGAUACAAUAUUUUUCAUAGAUUGUACAGAUUAUUUCUUUCAAAUAUACAAAAUAAAGCCAA